AUACGUGUCACAAUCCCAGCGACAGCCGCGGUGUCGGCGAUAACAGGAUAUGGGGAAGCGGAAAUCGGUGAAGCAAAGGCGGAAAGGGAAGAAUGCAGCGGACGUCAACAGCCUUCACAAGGUAGAAGCGGCGAGGAAAGGGACCACGCCGUCAACGAAGCAGUUGCAAUCAACGAAACGUGAUGACUCGUGGAUUGUGUAUGCAAUUUUGGUUGGUGCUGCCGCUGUGUGCGCAUCGCUCGACCUCGUGACAAGGCUGGUCGCAGAUGAGUACAUCUCGAAAUGGUGCAAGUGGUUCUUCAUCGUUCUCGUGUGCAUCAACAUCCGCACCCACGCCCAACUUGGAACGAAACCCUUGCCACUUCGUGCCGUCAUGUACAUCCUGUGCAACUUUGCCGGCGCAACCACAAUAUGCAUUGUGCGUGAGGAAGUUCCUGCGUACCUACGAAGUGCUCAACCUUGGAUCAACGUCGCGGCCGCAGCGAUCUUGGUGGAAGGUUUCAUAAGCAACAGCUCCGUUGGAAAAGUUCGUUGCAUGUGGCUUCGAGGGCUUUGCGCUGUGCCUGUAUCUUUGUGGAAGACGAAGACACUCGGGCAACUCAUUCACAACUGCUACGUCACAUCCACAGCGCUCCAUCGAACGGUGCCGAUGGUCACAGCGGACAUGUCUGCCAGUGGCAUCAUGAUCUUGUUUCUGGCGUACGUGGACUUGUGGGUCGCGGCGACUGUGCCAAAAUCCACGCUCCUGCAACGACUUGUGGACAUUGCACAGCAUGUCAUCGUGGUAAGCCUCAUUGCGCUCGUGUGGAAGACCGAAGAGGCAUCGCCGUCGCUGCACGAACACGCAGCGUCCGUCGCCGGAGGCCUUGUGCUCCUGUACAACCUCGUCAAGUUUUGCUGGGUCCCGCUCGAGUUUGCGGUCGCCUCUCGGCUCCUGUAGUCGUUGUGUCCACCACACACCAAGUCAUCGAUCAAUUCCAUUCUUGGCUGAUUUCUCUA